AUGGCCACCGAGGUCGAGCAUACCGUGGCCUUGACCACUGCUUCUUCCGUGCCAGAUCCUGGCUCUUUUCCCGAAAGUGAUGUUGUUACGCCUACGUCUUCAAACAAGCUUUCACCAUCACAGUCAAGUUCUGGUGGCAAUGGGCACUCUAAUUCUAAGCGACCUCCGAGAAAGAGUACUCUGACCCAGCAGCAGAAGAACCAGAAGAGACAAAGAGCAACCCAGGAUCAGCUUAGUAUCCUGGAGAUGGAGUUCAAUAAAAACCCAACCCCCACCGCUGGAGUUAGGGAAAGAAUAGCGGACGAAAUCAACAUGACCGAGAGGUCUGUUCAAAUUUGGUUUCAGAACCGACGAGCCAAAAUCAAGUUGUUGGCAAAGAAGAGUCUGGAAACAGGUGAAGAUAUCGACUCUAUCCCAGAGUCUAUGAGGGCAUACCUGGCCAUGCAAGCCAUGGAAACUGGCAAGGGUCUUGGCGGUAACUACCUUGGUCGUACCGGUUUGAUGCCUUUUGGUCACAAUGGCAUGCUUCUUGGCGGCGACCAAGCUCAAGGCAAAGUUUUGAUCCACCAUCUUACCUGCCGCUCCCUAAGUAUUGGAAAAUGGACUCGAGUUGGACAAAAUACCAUGGACCUUAUCAUCUUUUAUUCACCCGACAAGUGUACCAUGACCUACUACAUUAACAACGAACAGGCGGGAUACAAGAUUGAGUAUCCCUUUUCGUACAUCAAAAACAUCUGGCUGGAAAAUAAUGAGGCAGACCCAAACAAGAUGGGUGGCAUUGUCAUUGAAUUGAACCGUGCCCCCCACUUCUUCAUGGAUUCAUCCUCAACAACUAGCGGCUUCUACCAAGUUGGCGACUUCACAGAGGAUCUCCAGGCCACUCAAUGUAUGAUCCAUCAGCUAGGUGGAAACCCAAAGGUUUUGACAAACCAGCUGGCUAAACUCGUUUCCCUCGAUUCGUUCAUGAACCGACACAACCCUCAGCACUUCCCCGCCGCCGUUGUCGCCGACCCGCACGCGAUUUCUGUGUCAGCUCCAGUGUCACCAACUGCACGACCUGCAUCACAACCCAACUUUCAGCAGCCGCACGCUGGCAUGAUGCAGGAACAUUGGGGUAUGAACCAGAUGCACUCGGCCAUGCGACCACCGCCACACGGCCACAAGAGACAGCGCAGUCGGUCUGUUCCUGGGCCGAUCGACUUUGCCAUGUUCCAAAACCAGCCAAUGCCCUCGUUUUACAUUCAACCGCCCGGUGAGAUGGGCCCUCCUCAACACAAUCCGAAUAUUUAUGCCCCUGUCCCGCAACAGCCAAGCGGUAUGGGCCACAACUUAAGGAUCGAUACUCAGGCUGGUUUCGGACUGGAUAUGCGACAGUACCCAAUGUCGGCCACGACUGCCUCACCUUCCGAGUUCCCCCCCAGCCCUGCUGGGACGUAUCUGUCACAGGGACCAGACACAGGGCCUCUUCCACCCACCAACUUCGGGACGCCCUACAGCAACGGUGCCUUCUUGUCGCCCAUGGUUGGCCCCGAGCACAAUGGUGGUACCAUGUCUCCGAUGCCAUACAACGGUGCUGCUGAGCCGUCCAUUGUCGAACAAUCUCCACCAAUGUCGAUGAUGGGCCGUCCUGGCUCUGCUGAAGUCUACGGUGGCGGCCAUGAUGCUUCCUGUGCCGUCUCGGAGGACGGCACGAGUCUAAAUGAGAUGUAUUCCAAGCACACAAUCAACCUGCCCAUGCAUGGUCAGUCUCCAAACAACUUUGUACACCCGCAACAGGGCGAUCUUGAUAUGGAUCAGCUAGUUCAGUUUGAUCAUGUCGAGCCUGUCAGCUUGUCACCAGAGUCUGUUGCGCAUCCUACAUGA